AUGUUUGAGUGGAGCGAAGAAAGUAAAAGAAGAAUAGAGAAGGAUGCGACCCCCCUAGGGGCCCCCUCGAUUGGUUUAUGCGGUAAUGCAUCCGGCUCACCUCUAUUUGGUGCAGCAGCAGCAGCAGCAGCAGCAGCAACAGCAGCAGCAGCAGCAGCACAUCGGGCCUUUGCCUCUUUUAACCCUUUAUUCUCUUUUCUUGCUAAAUGUCGUAUAGGGGUAGAGGCUGCUUUCUUUUCAAUCAUUAAACCCCAAGAAGAUAUUCAUAUUGCGCUCCUAAGCGAAGUAUUUGCGCAGGCUUCACUCCGCCGCAUGCGAGAUAUCAUGAUGGAGGAUGAAGAAGGCAGAGAAGUGCUGCAGCAGCGGCUUUUGUUUGAUGAGCGGUUUAUAAAUUACGAGGCCCUCAGGCGCCUCCCUAAAAACACCCUAGGGUACGCAUUAAUGCGCUUCUUGGAUUCGAAUGCGCUGCAUGCGGGGCAUAGACAGCCCGUGAGGCUUGUCGAAGAUGAAGAGCUGGCCUACGUCCUGACGCGUUACAGACAACUGCACGACGUCAUGCAUGCGGUGUUUGACCUGGGCAUUACAGUGGAGGCGGAGGUCGCCCUCAAGUUAAUCGAAUUCUAUCAAACAGGGCUACCAGUCAGCUGCUGCUGCUGCUGUUGCGGCUGA